GCCUCGCCCUGCCCCGCCGGCUCACCCCCCGCACCCGCCGACCACCCGCCGACGCACCCGCUUCCUCCGGCCGGGAAAGGGGCCGACGCGGCGGUGAGUGAGCGCAGCGCGGGCGGGCGGGGGGAGCCGGCGGGGCCGGCCCGUUCCGCGCCUCCGCCACCCUUUGUGGGCUCCGCGUCCCGCCCCGGCCGGGCCCGGAGGGCACCAUGCGCCGGCAGAGCUCCCCCUCUCUCGGCAGUGACCGCGCGGACGAGAAGGGCCCCGCCAGGGCGGACGGCGGUGGGGACGGGGCCAUGCGAGCCCGCAAGAGAAAAGCUGAUGUGGCCACGUUCUUACAGGAUCCCGAUGAAGAAAUUGCCAAGAUGGAGCUGACUAGAAAAAAGCAGUGUGCAAACCAGAUGUCCUGGAAUAACAUUCACGAGAAUAUCCAUAUGCUAAUUCCUACUCCGGAUAAAGAUGAUGAUCCAGUUAGCCUUGAUUACUCUCGCUUUGUACAUCUGAGUGCUGUUCCAACCAGAGCCACCCCAUUACCAGCUCUAGGCUGGGCAAACAGGGACGACGUAUGGAAAAACAUGAUAAACAAAGAAGAGACCUAUGUGAGAGAUAAACUUUAUCUGCAAAGGCAUCCUCAGCUACAACCUAAAAUGAGGACAAUCCUUCUAGACUGGCUAAUGGAGGUUUGUGAAGCCUACAAGCUUCAUAGAGAAACUUUUUAUUUAGCACAAGAUUUCUUUGAUCGGUUUAUGGCAACGCAACAGGAUGUUGUAAAAACACUAUUGCAGCUUAUUGGUGUCACUUCUUUAUUCAUAGCAGCAAAGCUUGAGGAAAUUUAUCCACCAAAGUUGCACCAGUUUGCCUAUGUUACAGAUGGAGCCUGUACAGAAGAUGAAAUCAUCAGUAUGGAGUUGAUUAUUAUGAAGGCUCUUAACUGGAACUUAAAUCCACUGACAGUUGUAUCGUGGCUAAACGUUUACAUGCAAGUUGCAUAUUUAAACGAGCUUUACGAGGUAAUGCUGCCACAAUAUCCUCAGCAAAUAUUUGUACAAAUAACAGAGCUCUUGGAUCUCUGUGUGCUGGAUAUUGGCUGCUUGGAAUAUACAUAUGGAAUACUUGCAGCUUCUGCUUUGUAUCACUUCUCUUCAUCUGAGCUGAUGCAGAAGGUUUCAGGCUAUGAAUUCUGUGAGAUAGAGGAAUGCGUGAAAUGGAUGGUCCCGUUUGCGAUGGCUCUGAGGGAAGUAGGAAGCUCCAAACUCAAACACUUUAGCGGAAUAGCUCCCGAAGAUUUGCACAAUAUACAGACGCACAUAAACAGCUUUGAUUUGCUGGACAGAGCUCAAGCAAAACAAGCCAUAUUGGCUGAGCAAAAUAGGACUUCACCUUUCCCUACUGGUGUCCUUACACCACCACAAAGUAGUAAGAAACUGUCUUCUGGACUACCAUCAGUAUGACUUUAGAAACUGUUGACAAACAGUUUUGCUGAAGUGCCUGUUCUGCUGGUUUUCACUCCUGCUCCAUUACAGAAAUGCUGCCAGUGAAGUUCAUAAGCUUUCAUGGAAUCUGAAAAGGAAACCUUGCUUUCAUGUGACAGAAGAGUCUCUCUAUUUGAAAUAGUUUUAUUGAAUGUUAAAAUAUUUUUAAAGAGAUGGAUCAAGUACACCAGCCACUUGAAAGAACACCGAAGUGUGCUCCAGAUGCUGCUACGGAGGGUGAUGCUUGAUCAACCGUUCAGAAAAAGGGCUUGAAGUUUAAAUUAGUUCCUGUCCCAGGUUGUCCUUUGGGUAAUCUGUCCCCUGGUGACAAAUGGGCAAAAAAUGCUGUGGAAGACAACAUUUCAAAGCCUCUUUUUUGAAUGGCUGGCUUACAACUUGAUGCCUUUUAAAAAACUUUUUAUUGUAAAAGCUGCUAUGUGUCUGUGUAUUCAUUUUUAAUAAAAAUGCUGUCUAAGACAGCUGAUUUUAUGUAUA